AUGUCGCUUUUCUCCCAAGUCUCUGUUGCCCCUCCUAUUGAGGUUUUCUACAUGAACAAGUUGUACCUGGAUGAAACUGAUCCUAACAAAGUUAACCUGACCAUCGGAGCUUAUCGUACUGAAGAAGGUACGCCUUGGGUUCUCCCUGUUGUGAGAGUAGCCGAGAAAGCUAUCGCCGGUAACGAUUCACUCAAUCAUGAGUAUUUACCGGUCUUGGGGUAUGAGCCUUUCACCAAGGCUGCAUCAGAGUUUCUCUUGGGAUCUGAUUCUCCAGCUAUUAAGGAAGGAAGAGUAACCGGAGUUCAAUGUUUAUCGGGAACUGGAUCGCUCAGAGCGGGAGCUGAAUUCCUUGCUAAAGUUGUCGGGCUUCAGACAGCCUAUACCAGUAACCCAACCUGGGGAAAUCACAAAAUGGUUUUCAACAGCGCUGGAAUCAGUGAUGUUCGUUCAUACAAGUAUUGGGAUGCUGCAAACAGAAAGGUUGACAUUGAGCAAUUUAUUGCUGAUCUGGAACAGGCUCCAACAAAAUCUAUUAUUGUCCUCCACGGAUGUGCCCAUAAUCCUACUGGAAUGGAUCCUACGCAAGAAGAAUGGAAGCGUAUUGCCGAAGUUAUCAAGAGAAAAAAUCUCUUCACUUUCUUCGACAUCGCUUAUCAAGGAUUCGCAUCCGGAGACCCAGACGCUGAUGCUUGGUCCAUUCGUUAUUUUGUUGAGCAAGGACUGGAAAUGGUUGUCGCUCAAUCAUUCGCUAAGAACUUCGGAUUGUACAAUGAACGCAUCGGAAAUUUAACUAUUGUUGUCAAUGAUCCAGCUGUUUUGGCUGGAAUCAAGUCUCAGAUUUCGUUGGUCAUCCGAGCAAACUGGUCUAACCCUCCAGCUUACGGUGCCAGAAUUGUACACACAAUCUUGACUACUCCCAGUCUUCGCGAAGAUUGGUACAAAAAUGUCAAGACAAUGGCUGAUCGUGUCAAACUCAUGCGUACAUCUCUGCGCGAUCAUUUGGAGAAGCUGCACACUCCAGGCUGUUGGGAUCACAUAACCAAACAAAUCGGUUUAUUCAGUUACACUGGAUUAUCUGCUGAGCAAGUUGACCAUUUGGUUACAAAACACAAAGUCUUCCUUCUGAAGGAUGGACGUAUCAACCUGUGUGGACUCAACACGAGGAACGUCGAAUAUGUAGCCAAGGCUAUCCACGAGACAGUCACUACCAUAAAAAGUAGUUUGUAA